UUUUCCUAGGAAGUUUGCCCAUUUCCAGCCAGUUUUUGAGCCUUGGAACUUUCUUUUUUCCUCAGAAAUGGAAAACUUGAGAGCCCCUUUCCGGGGUAUUGCCACUGACCUCCGGGGAAGAGUAUCUUUCUACAAGCAAGAUUGGCUUGGUGGAUUUCGUUCCGGUGUCGGGAUAUUGGCACCAACUACAUACAUAUUUUUUGCUUCUGCUCUUCCUGUAAUCGCCUUCGGUGAGCAACUUAGUAGAGAUACAGAUGGGAGUUUAAGCACAGCUGAGACCUUAGCAUCUACUGCACUUUGUGGUAUCAUACACUCAAUAUUUGGGGGACAGCCUCUUUUGAUAUUGGGAGUUGCUGAACCUACUGUUAUCAUGUACACAUAUCUGUACAACUUUGCUAAAGGGAAUAAAGACUUGGGGCAGGAACUUUACUUGGCUUGGGCAGGAUGGGUUUGCGUCUGGACUGCUCUCUUCCUGUUUCUUCUUGCCAUAUUCAAUGCUUGCACUGUCAUCAAUAGGUUCACAAGGAUUGCAGGUGAACUUUUUGGCAUGUUGAUUGCGGUUUUGUUCAUCCAACAGGCAAUAAAGGGAGUGGUGAGUGAAUUUGAAAUUCCUAAAGCUGAAAAUGUGAAUCUAGAGAAAUAUCAGUUUCAGUGGCUGUACACAAAUGGAUUGCUGGGAAUUAUAUUUACGCUCGGACUUCUCUACACUGCCCUCAAGAGCAGAAAGGCAAGAUCAUGGAAGUAUGGAACAGGGUUGUGGAGAGGUUUUAUCGCAGACUAUGGUGUUCCUUUGAUGGUUGUAGUUUGGACAGCCUUGUCUUUCUGUGUCCCAAGAAAAGUCCCCUCUGGAGUUCCCAGAAGGCUCUUUAGCCCUCUUCCUUGGGAAUCCGCCUCAUUACAUCAUUGGACAGUAAUUGAGGAUAUGGCCAAGGUUCCGCCAGCAUACAUCUUUGCUGCAUCUAUUCCAGCUGUGAUGAUAGCGGGGCUUUACUUCUUCGACCACAGUGUUGCUUCCCAGUUGGCACAACAAAAGGAAUUCAAUCUCAAGAACCCUUCCGCAUACCACUAUGAUAUGUUGUUGCUAGGAUUUUUGGUAAAUAUUGUGCUGAAACAGUACUACUUUUCCAGUUUCAAGCUAUAUUUUCUCAAGAUUAACGUUCUCGUCUCGAAUACACAAUCUCAGACUUUGCUUUGUGGAUUGAUUGGCCUGCCUCCUUCAAAUGGGGUCCUACCUCAGUCCCCUAUGCACACUAAGAGCCUUGCAGUUCUCAAGAGUCAGUUAAUCCGUAGAAAGAUGGUGGAGAGUGCAAAGGAAAGCAUAAAACAAAAAGCUAGCAACUCCGAAAUCUAUGGCAAGAUGCAAGAUGUCUUCGUUGAAAUUGACAGCAGUACAGUGACUUUAGUGGCUAGAGAGCUAGAAGACUUGAAGGAGGCGGUGAUGAAAAGUGAAAACAAUCAAAAUACAAAGGAGAAAUUUGAUCCUGAGAUGCACAUUGAUGCUUACUUGCCUGUCCGCGUCAAUGAGCAGAGACUCAGCAAUCUUCUGCAGUCACUCCUAGUGGCAGCAUCAGUUGGUGCUAUGCCAGCAAUCAAAUUGAUCCCAACAUCAGUUCUUUGGGGAUAUUUUGCUUACAUGGCCAUUGAUAGUCUUCCUGGAAACCAGUUCUGGGAAAGGAUGCUACUUCUCUUUAUCACCCCGGGCAGGCGCUACAAAAUAUUGGAAGGGGCUCAUGCUUCUUUUGUGGAGACAGUGCCAUACAAAUACAUUGCAAUAUUUACACUCUUCCAAUUAGUGUAUCUCCUUGUUUGCUUUGGUGUGACAUGGAUUCCUAUUGCUGGAAUCCUGUUCCCCCUACCCUUCUUUGUGCUCAUCAGCAUAAGACAGUACCUUCUCCCUAAACUCUUUAGCCCAUAUCAUCUCCGAGAACUGGAUGCAGCUGAAUACGAGGAAGUCACAGGCACCCCAGGGCCAUCACUCAACGUUAACCUCUCUUUUAGGGAAAGAGAGACAUCUAGUCCUGGAGGUGAUGACAAUGAGAUCGAAUUGUGUGAUGCUGAGUUACUAGAUGAGUUAACAACCUCUAGAGGGGAGUUAAAGAUCAGAAGUGUAAGCUUCAAUGAGGACAGAAAGAGUCAGGUUCACCCAGGAGAUAUGACCACAAGUGAAUGAGGGAAGUCUGAUAAUGAUGACAAAAUGAUACUCAUAGACUUGAUAGAAAAGACUUUUAUAGUUUACAAAAAUUAGUGGAGUCAUAUGAAUCCAAAUCAAAUAUCCUUUGGAGGUUGAGAUUGCGACGUCUGUUAGCUUAUGUUGAGUAUCUGAUAUUUUGGCUUCAACGUUGGCUUAGGCGGAGUCCACAGAACCCGUUUAUGGCACACCUCUAGACAAAUGUUAUACUUCAAUUAUGAGCCGUGGAAAUUUAUGUUCAUGAGAAGUUGUUGUAUUUGUUUUUGGUCUUUUAUAUGAAAAUAACGUUGGCACAUUCUG